UAUUCUUAUUCUUAUUCUUAUUCUCAUAUUAUUAUUAUCAGACCUGACGUUUCUUUAUAUCCUGUCUGCUCACGUUCAACAAGCAAAGUUUGAGUUUUGACCCUCCACGCUUUCCGUAGCUCAACCAACCCUGUCGUCCCUGACAUGUUUUGACGGAGGGAACCAUCUAGGCUGGGGAACAGAAUUUGUCACAACACCGAGACGUCGUCAUCGAACAUGGCUUCUCUUGACAGGGUGAAAGUGUUAGUUUUAGGAGAUUCUGGGGUGGGGAAGUCUUCCCUGGUCCACCUGCUCUGCCAGAAUCAAGUCUUAGGAAAUCCUUCAUGGACCGUUGGCUGUUCUGUGGAUGUACGGGUCCAGGACUAUAAAGAGGGCACGCCGGAGGAGAAGACCUUCUACAUCGAGCUCUGGGACGUGGGGGGAUCGGUCGGCAGCGCCAGCAGCAUCAAGAGCACUCGAGCAGUCUUUUACAACUCAGUAAAUGGAAUUAUAUUGGUACAGGAUUUGACGAAUAAGAAAUCCUCUCAGAAUCUUUACCGCUGGUCGUUGGAGGCUCUGAACAGGGAUUCCUCCCCGACGGGAGUCAUCGUGUCCAACGGUGACUACGACAGAGAGCAGUUUGCUGAGAACCCGGUGCCGUUGCUGCUAAUCGGGACCAAGUUUGAUCAGAUAUCCGACAACAAGCGGAGUGAAGUUCUCAGCCGGACAGCGUUCCUGUCUGAAGAUUUCAACGCAGAGGAGAUCAAUCUGGACUGCACCAACCCCCGGUACCUCGCUGCAGGAACAUCCAACGCCGUCAAGCUCAGCAGGUUCUUUGAUAAGGUUAUAGAGAAGAGAUACUUCACCAGAGAUCCAAGCCAGAUGACAGGUUUCACAGACAGAAAGAGGUUCAACUUCAAAAGUUUACACUAUGACUGACAAGCCGUGACUGGAGGAGAUCCGGGUGGUCCGGUGGUCUCGUCUCCGGGGGAAAAGAAACCAAGCCUCUUUCUGUCUACACUCAUACCAAUAAAUGCUCUUGGAAAACA